UAGACACCAACCAGUAGUCGCACUCCCUGGUUUCUGUUACUCCAUUUAUGACUCGCGCAUCAUUUCCGUGCUCCUAACCUCAAAUUGUUGAGCAGCAUUUCGAAUUCGAGCAUUUGAAAUUUGAAAGUUAAGCAGAAGUAAAGGUGAACAUUAGAGACAGUCUCUGGUAAAUUGUAGCAAUUAUAAUCGUGUGAAGUAAAUAGAGAGAGAGAAAAAAAAGUUUAUUUUAUGGCCAUCGACCUAGGUCCUUCAGCCCAAGUAAAUAUAUUUGUGCAAAAUGGUGAAUUAUUGCAGCGUGUAUAAUUGCAAAAACAGUAGUGUUAAGAAUCCUAAACUUAGUUUUUUUCUCAUACCAGGAGACACUUUCAGGUGAGUUAUUGAAUAAGCACGUGUUAAUGUUGGUAAAUUUUUGGUAAUAUUUUAGUUAAACUGCUAUACUUCGUACAUGCACGUGAAUGGUAUCUUAUUUAAUUUUUCCUAUCAUUUUCAGGCAAAUGAUUUGGCUUCCAAAAAAGAAUAUGUAGUGAGCAUUUUUCUAAAAAAAUGCUAUCUGGAAGUAGAUUAAAAAAGGAUUCUUUUCCAGAUUUAUUCAAAGAAGGCAUUGGUGAGAAAGGGGUGAAUGUAAAUGCUUCAACUUCUGCUUCAACAUCUUCAAUGGAUAUUGAAAAUAAUGAGACCGUAGAUGAAUGCCGUGAGAUUUCUAUAAACCCCAACAUAUAUACUACACCAGAAAAGAAACCAGAAGAAACACAAACAUCUCCUAGUUUGUCUUCAGCCACUCCGAGGAAAAGAAAGUUACAAUCAGUGGUGAAGAAUUUGAAACGAAAAUUAGUUGCAACUCCAGAGAAGAAAUCUGUAGAUAUAAGUGAUGAAGAUUUCAUCCGAUUUUGUAGAAAAAAUUUCAAUUCGACCCUGGCAGAUUUUAUGAUCUCCCAAUUGAAACUUCGAAAAAGGAAACCUCAUGGCUAUAGGUAUUCAGUCGCUUUUAAACAAUUUGCACUAACAAUAUACUUUUUGGGACCCAAAGUGUACCAAUUUCUACAAAAAACAUUUUUUUUGCCACACAAGGCAACACUUUGUAGAAUAACCACAAAUUGGGAUUUCUCUGUUUGCUUAAAUGAGCACAUAUUUCAGGCCAUUUCAUUAAAGACAAGGAAUAUGGACGAUGCAGCAAAGGAUUGCAUUGUGUGUGUUGACGAGAUGUCAAUAAAAACCCAUUUAUUUUACAAUAUCUCAUUGGAUCAAAUUAUUGGAUUUCACCAAUCCUUGUGAGAAAUUUCCUUGGAAUUACUUAUUAAGUUUGUAUGUUAGAUUAAGAAUUUUUUACACACUUAAAUUUUGCAAUAGAAACUUCAUUGCACAAAAAACAAACAAAAAAGAAAAAAAAAUUAUAAAAAUUUUACAUUUAUAGAUAUAUUAUUUGUUUCUCGUGUUUUUUGUAUUAUAUGUAUGUAUUAAUAAAAUUUUAUUCAUUA